GGAGGGAGGGAGAGAGAGAGAGAGAGAGAGAGAGAGAGAGAGAGAGGGGAGGGGGAGAGCAUGAAGGACGCGCUCCAGCUGUCUCCCUGACAGACUGAGCCGGGGAGCUGAGCGUGGGGGCUGCAGCCCGCUCUCACACAGAAAAAAACACACAAAACUUCCCCUCUCUCCCGCGCUGCCCUGCGCCUCACCGUGCGGUGCGGAGCACACGGACUCUCGUCCUGCCGACGGAUCUUGUGCCCCCCCCCCCUUCUCUAAAAGCCCCCCGUGCCCCCCUCCUCCUCCCUCACACUCCCGUCCUUGCCUUGCAUCUUCUCUGACCAAACCUCAUGUCGUUUUGCCUGGUUGACUACUUCGACAUGGAAUCGCCCACCAAGGAGAUCGAGGAUUUCGAGAACAACUCGCUGAAGUAUCUGCAGCCGGAUCAGAUUGAGAAGAUCUGGCUAAGAUUGCGCGGACUGAGGAAAUACAAGAAGACGUCACAGAGGUUGCGAUGCCUUGUGAAGCAGCUAGAGAGGGGCGAGGCGUCGGUGGUGGACCUGAAGAAGAACCUGGAGUAUGCCGCCACCGUGCUGGAGUCGGUCUACAUCGAGGAGACGCGGCGUCUGGUGGACACGGAGGAUGAGCUCAGCGACAUCCAGUCGGACUCUGUCCCGUCGGAGGUCCGUGACUGGCUGGCCGCCACCUUCACGCGGCAGAUGGGACUGAUGCUCCGGCGGACAGAGGAGAAGCCGCGCUUUCGCAGCAUCGUCCACGCAGUGCAGGCUGGGAUAUUUGUGGAAAGAAUGUACCGACGGACGUCCAACAUGGUAGGAUUAAGCUAUCCUCCCAGCGUGAUCACCGUUCUCAAGCACGUGGACACAUGGACAUUUGAUGUGUUUGCUCUGAAUGAUGCAAGCGGAGACCAUGCACUGAAAUUCAUCUUUUAUGAGCUGCUCACAAGAUACGACUUGAUCAACCGCUUCAAGAUACCCAUCUCUGCACUGGUAUCCUUUGUGGAAGCUCUGGAGGUGGGCUACAGCAAGCACAAAAACCCCUACCACAAUCUGAUGCAUGCAGCAGACGUGACGCAGACCGUCCACUUCUUCAUGCUAAAGUCGGGCAUUGUGCAUUGGAUGACGGAGUUGGAAAUCUUUGCACUGAUCUUCGCGGCGGCUGUGCAUGAUUACGAGCACACUGGAACCACUAACAACUUUCACAUCCAGACCAGGUCGGAUAUGGCAAUCUUUUACAACGACCGCGCCGUGCAGGAGAACCACCACGUGAGCGCGGCCUACCGCCUCCUGCAGGACGACGAUGAGAUGAACAUUCUGUACAACCUGUCCAAGGACGACUGGAGGGAGUUGCGGGCCUUGGUGGUGGAGAUGGUGCUGGCUACAGACAUGUCCUGUCACUUCCAGCAGAUCAAGGCCAUGAAGAAUUUCCUCCAGCAGCCCGAGGCGAUUGACAAAACCAAGGCCUUAUCGCUGCUGCUCCACACAGCAGACAUCAGCCACCCAGCUAAGAACUGGGACCUGCAUCACCGCUGGACCACCUCUUUGCUGGAGGAGUUCUUCCGACAGGGUGAUAAAGAGUCGGAGCUCGGACUGGUCUUCUCGCCGCUCUGUGACCGCAAGUCUACCAUGGUGGCUCAGUCUCAAAUCGGUUUUAUCGAUUUCAUUGUGGAGCCGACCUUCACUGUGCUUACGGACAUGACGGAGAAGAUUGUGACACCGCUCAUCGAUGAGGCCUCGCGAUCGGGUCUGGCAGGAUUCCGCCGCUCCAGAUCUGGCCUGAAUAACAUCUCCCCAGACGGGAAGCGCUCCAGCGUCAAAAGCACGGGCUCAGAGGGCAGCACUUCGCUCAACUGCUCCCUGCUCACCGUCGACUUCAAGAGCUUCAAGUCCACGUGGAACGAGGAGGUGCAGCAGAACAGGGAGAAGUGGAAGGCCCAGGCAACCAAAGACUUGGAGGAGAAGGCCAAGCGGGAGGCUGAAGAGAAGGCUAAGCUGGAGGAGGCCGAGGGCAAGAAGGAGGAGGGCAAAGAGUCGGAGACCUCAGACCCCGCACAGGACAAGGACACGAGGGCAACGAAGGACACAAAAGACACUGCAGAGAGUACAGACAAGGAGGAGAAAGAGAGAGAGCGAGAGAAAGAGAAGGAGAAAGAGAAAGAAAGAGAAAAGGAGAAGGAGAAAGAAAAGGAGAAGGUCAAAGAGAAAGGGAAGACGGAGGAGAGGAAACCGGAGCCGGCGGGGACGGAGGGGGAGGGCGCUCAAGCGAUGAAGGACCCCGUGGAGCAGAAGCCCAAGGAGGCCGAGGGGAACAAAGACCCGGGGGGGUCCCAGGGGACGAAACCCGAGCCCGACCCACAGGAGGCCUCUGGCCCCAAGCAGCCAGCCACCCACAGCAACACGGACAGCAGCGGUCAGCAGGUCCAGAAUGGUGAAGUGCCCAAGGAGCUAGACUCACCUGAGAGUGAGGGCAGUGAGAAAAAGACAUCAAGUUCAGACGAUUCGGACGAGGACGGACAGAGCAACAUACCUGGUUCUCUGGCGGCCGCAUCGGCAUCCGCGGCCUCUGCCAGCGAUGCAAACUAAUACCCAUAAUCCUCUGCUGCAUACACACAUGAUACACACACGCCGCCACGCACAUGUGUGCGCGCGCAUGUACACUCACACCGAUACGUCCUUUUCGUCUGUCUCUCUCUCUCUCUCUCUCUCUCUCUCUCUCCGCAAGGCCUCCCUCUCGAAACCCUGGCAACAGCAGCAACAGCUUGUGGCCAAAGCUCCACUGUGUUGGUCAACUUGUUUGGUUUGUAUGCUUUUUGAAGUUGUUUUUGUUGGUUUGUUUGUUUGUUUUGAUUCUGUUUUGCAAAAAAAAAAGCAAAAGCACGCCAUCGGGCUGUGUUACCAUGGAGCUGAACCGUAGGACUGAUAGCAGAGUUGUAAAUCUUGUUGCCUGACAACUGUUGUCAUGCACCAGAUCCCUUCACAACCGUCGCUGCUGUGCCAGCCUCACCCAUGCACAUGCGCGUGUGUGCAUACGAGUGUGUGUGUGUGUGUGUGUGUGUGUGUGUGUGUGUUUUAUCCACGAAAACAGCCUAACUACAGCUGGCAGUAAUCAUGUGGAUGAGGAGGAGGAGGAGGAGGAUGAUUAGGAGGACAUUCAGGUGAGACGUUAAGGCUGUUAAAGCCCAGCCUCUGGACUCCUGAGGGACUGGGAGAGAGGGGAGAGUGCAGGGUGGGGCCCCCAGAGGCAGACAGUAGUGGCCGCUGGCCCCCCUAGUCCCUGGCUGCUGCUCCGGCUGCCCCCCCCCCCCCCCCCAUAUUUAGCGGUGAAUGUGAACGUCAACGUGGAAGAACAAUCCAGAUACGAAUGUCAACUUUAAUGCACAAAUAAAAUCAAACCACUUGGUGUUUUUCAUAUCAUUACUCAACUCAUUUACUACAUCAAUAGCACAAUGUUGUCUUUAUUUCCCUCAAGUCUCACCGUGUAGUCUUUGUGCUUAACUGAAUGAAUUUUACCGCAGACUCUGAGUUUCGCUAACGCUGGUCGAGAUCCUGAUCCAUUACAGUACAAUCUGUCUUCUUCACAUGUACUGUAAAUAACAGAGAGAGAAGACAGUUGUUCAUCCGCACUUCAGUAGUCUGUGCUCAGGUAAUAUAAUAUUUAUUUGGAGGCGCAGGCCACGUGUUUCCAGUUCACUGUCAGCAUUUUUUCCACAAGUCGUCAAAUUGAUUUCUGUCCAGCCUUUCUAUAGGUGUAACUCUGUAGUAUCUGGUGUCAGUAGUACAUAAAGAUAUAUGUCAAGAUCUAUAGCUAGAGUCAACGUGAACUUGAUGUCAGGACAUGCCCUGUGUUUAAGUUUUCAUAGAAUAAAUAUUUUGUAGAGAACUGAAAAUCAAAUUUAAGAAAUUUAAAUAGUUCAUAUUUUGCCAUGAACCACAUUAAUAUUUUAUAUUUUGCGAGUUCAACACUAUGUUCACUUUUUAUAGCUCAUCUCUUUUCUUACUGUACCAAUCACACAUUCUGUCAGAACAUGAUGACAUUUUCGGAAUAUUGUAAAUCAGAUUAAUUGAGUUCCUGUAAGAUCGGGCUGUUAGCCUGACGAGCCAGACCCACAUCAAGAUGUAGGUUCUGGGGACUCACCAUUGGCAGUGCUCAGUUCGAGGG